GUUGCGCGUAAUCGUUAUGCUGGACGGUUAAGCUUAAGCGUCGUCGUCUAGGGUGGGUAUCGGAGGACUGGCAGAUAUCGUGAAGAGAGCAAGGGAAGGCCCUCGAGGAUCGCGAAGGGGUCUUUAGAGGAGAUAAGUGGGAGCACUAAACGUAGAGGUCUGCUGGUCGACUAGCACAAAGCGAGGCGUGGUGACCGGCACACCCUCCAAGAGAAUGAAUGACAUUACGGGGAAAACCGACCGGAGUUAAACCCAGACGCUUGCCAAACGUCGACCUGUCAGUUCCAUUCCCGUGGUUAGUCUCCGACGUCUGUACCUGUGUAGGCAGAGACAGAAAACCGUGGGAACCGAGCCAGGUCCGUACCAGCCGAACCAUCAGAAACCGUGACCGAGAACCAGUCAGGCUUGUUAGGAUUGAUGGGUGCCUGGCCAGACGAACCCUGCCCCCACGAUCGGUUCUGACGACGAUUGGUUUUGGUAGAACCGAACCCCGGAAUCGUCCAGUCGGUCGGUGGCUGUGCUGGAUGCCUUCAUACAACUACCUACUUAUUACAACCAAAGCUCCAUAUGCUUUUGACAGGAAAACGCCUUAGCCUUACCCAAAGGAGAUGAUUCUGCGACAGGCUGCUACAGACUCUGUGAAACGACUUAAGACAUGAAUGUUCGAGCAUCAACUUCAACAGGGGCCUUCGACGAUUUCUCUGAGUAGACUCUCCUUGCGCAUCUUUAUCAUCCGCAAUUCUCGCAGAACUGUUGUUCAACACGAAACAAGGCCAACUUGACACUUUCCCGCAAGGCUCCAGCUCUGGCCAACUGUUCCAAACCAGUCAGGAGGACCGCCUUUCUCGGUCCAAAGAACAUUGAUCAUAUCUAUUCAUCCACCCAUCCAUCCAUCCCCACUGGGAUCUACACGAUCAGAAUGCCCCCUAGCGAAAAAGCCAGCAGCAGUCCUCAACCGUCGACCAACAUGUCGAUGUCGACCAUGAAUACUAGUACUAGUACUCCCCAAGAUCUACCGCCAUCAUACGAGACGACCAUCAGCGCCCCAUCAACAUCAACAUCCAUACCAAACACACCAUCUCACCAUCCUCCUUCUCCUGCCAUUACCAUCCCCAGUCAGAAUCCCCUCGAAGCUCUGCCCCGACUAGCAGCCAUCAACCUAUCCAAAUACUGUGUGCCGGAAUCAAAACUAUCCGACGACUCGACCACCGUGACGACCACCAAACCAGAACUCGCAACGACGCAAUAUGCCCUGGUCAAAUUCAUCCGCGAACAAGCCUAUUUACCACCGAAGCCGCUCAUGAUUAUUCGCGGGACUCACGAGCGUGGUAGUAGCGGGUCGUUCGGCGACGAUGGCAUCGUCGACUUUGAGUUGAAAAUCAAUUUGACCAGUCUCUUGGACAUCGCCUCAACAAACUAUCCGGAUGGUGGUUAUGCAAAUGGCUCAAGCUCAUCAUCACCAUCAUCAUCAUGGUCGGGGCCGAGCACCAGUGAUCGUCGAAUCCGCGUGCAACCCGUUGAUCAGAGUCUUUCCCCAUCCACAACUCCAAAGCAGACAUCGACCAUCACUACUCGCACCGGCUCCGGUAGCAAUAUCCGCGGCGGCCAUGGCCGUGGCGGUGGUCGUAGUCCACAGCAGCGCGACAGCAGCACCAACAGUCUCAAUCCCAACCUCACCCCCCUCGAACAAUGGAUCAAACGCUUCUGCGAAGACAAGACCGAAAACCGCAGCUUCACCAUCCACCGCCGUCCGACACCGACAUUCACCACCACAACCCAAAUUCUCGAGGGCAUGGUGCGCACAUUGCUCGCAUCCACAAAAUACCGCGGCAAAGUGACCGUCGAAUUUGUCUUUCAUUACUCGGCCGUGACGGUUCUUAGGCGUCCGCCCGCAUCUUCGGGAACUUGGGUUUGGUUGAGUAAUAUGGUGCAAAAUCUACUCAGUCGGACGAAGAAAUAUGAGGUUGUGGAAUCGGUUUGGGAUGUUGUUGGUAGCACUGGCACCGCAGAUACUGCUGGUACUACUAACACUACUGGUACCGAGAGGCUCAGCGGUACCGCUUCGCUCGCGGCCCAAGACUGGUGGCGUGAAUGGCAACCUGCCAUCCGAAACGCUGUCCUCGCACGCCGUCAGGGCUGGGUGACUGUUGAAGACUGGCUUGAGGCCCGGAUGGGGGUGAGGGAGAAAGAUCGGUUGAUGGAUUGGGGUACUUCGGGUGAUUAUUGAUGAUACAUGACAUACAGUGUUGUGUUCUAUGUUCACUUUAUCUAUCUGCUUCAAGUUGUGUCUCAGCUGCAUGUGUGUUUACUGUGCAGAAACAGACCUCAGAGUUUCUCUGCCCGGCGCCCCACGCAAAUGCUGUACAGUACUUAUAUAAUACCAUACAAUUAGGUCAUGAUCGAUAUCAGAUCUCCUCCGA